CUGUCUCUCAUCCUGGGGAGAGGAUAGAGAGAGACAAGAAAGAAUUGAGUUCUGCUUUCGAAUCGUGCACUCGAGUGAGCAAUUGGAUAGAUAGAGAGAUAUUAAAGCUGUGUCGUCGACCUGGGAGGGUAGAUUUAUCGCCUCCUCGCAUUAAGGGUGCCCAUUAAAAUGGGCCACGAGAUGAAGUUGGCACUUGCCUUCUUGUGCUUCACUUCGUUUUACGUCACCGUCGCUCGCGCUUCCGCCUUUUGGGAAGACUUUUACGUGAAUUUUGGUGACUGGAUGGUCGAGUAUCCUGGUGAUGAAAUCGAAGCUGGAAACAUCGUCGAUCUCCGCCUCGACAACACCACCGGAUCCGGCUUCCGAUCGAAGUAUCCUUUUCUCUAUGGGCACAUUGGCAUGAAGCUAAAGCUGGUGGGAGGGAACUCAGCUGGAACUGUUACCUCAUACUACCUUGCUUCCAAGUUCGAGAAAUGGUGUGAGCUAGACUUCGAAUUUCUCGGAAACAAAUCUGGCGAGCCCUACAUUCUGCAAACCAAUGUCUUCUCGGAAGGAAAGGGCGAUCGCGAGCAGCGCAUUUUCCUUUGGUUCGACCCUACCGAAGAUUACCACUACUACGGCAUCAUCUGGAACCAGGACCUCAUCCAGUUCCUUGUCGAUGACACUGUGAUCAGAGUAUUCCACAACAGCAAGGAUUUGGGAAUCCCAUAUCUGGAUUAUCAACCCAUGUACGUCUACUCCAGCAUCUGGAACGGAGAGGACUGGGCUACUUGCGGUGGAAAGGAGAAGACCGACUGGAAUCUGCAGCCAUUCGCUGCAUCUUACAAGGAUUUUGAAAUCGACUCAUGCACAGUUCAUGAAGACCAUAACGAUAUCCACGACUGCUACGAGAAGUUGUACAGCAGUGGGUACGGUCAACCUGAGAAUCGCAAGCUGAGCCAGAAGCAGAUCCAGGAUUUGAAGAGGAUUCAAUAUAACUAUGUCAUAUACGACUACUGCACUGAUGCGAAGAGGUUCAACACCACUCCACCGGAAUGCGCCAGAAACUGGCCGCAGUACUGAUUGAUUAGAGUGAAUUAGGAAUCAAUCUGGGAGCAGUUACAUCGUUCCAGUAGGAAACCUUUGCAAUCUCAUUCAACAUGUUAGCUCGUUGAACUUUUAGUACGGUGAAGCUCAUCAAAAAGGAGUUGAUUCGAGCUGAAUCAAGAGCUUUCUGAUCACGUGUAACAUCUUAGCUACACACACUGACAGUUUCAAAGAUUGCAGUGGUGCACUUAAUUGAAGCCAACUUCACUCGUGCUAGGAAGUUCUUAACUUCCAAGAAGAGUUUGAUAGAAGUAGCAGAAUCCAGAUUCUAGAGUAAGGGAAUAAGAAUAGACUGUGCAAGAGAUUUAAAGACAGUGACAAACUGGCAGGAAGAGUCCUGCCUUUGAGACUAGGUUUCUGAGGUUUGCACAUACUGUGCAUUUGUGUCUUAAACUUCAUAAGUAAAUCUCCAUGUCAAUCUCAAUUCAC